UUUCUGAGGUUUCAGAGCACUGGUCUUGCACUGGAGCUGGGAGAAGCGAAGGUAGACCCGGGCUGACCUGGAGGGCCAAGGCAGAAGUGUGGGGAGAACAAAAAGGGCAGAGGGCGACUAGGGCGCGGCUCCGACAGAGGUGGGGAGCGGCUGGAGGGGUUCGUGGAUAGUGAGGCAGGGAAACGGAGGCAGUAGCAGGGGUCUGGGCAGAAAAGUGCAGAGCUACAAGGUAGAAGAUUCUGGGACUGAGAGCCGGGCGGGCGCGGGCUGGAGCUGAGUGAGGAGGCGACGGUGCUGGCUGGCGUGGGGCCGGUGCUCCGAGGAGGGUCGAAAGGCCCCGGGGCGGAGGUCUGCGGGGACAGGGAGCCCUGAGAUCGCCCGCCCGAGCCGGAGCACGUGAGAGUGGGAUCGCUCAGGUGAGGGUGGUGGAGCCAGAGUUUGAGCCGGGCUCCAGAUCCACGCUGGAGAAUCUGGGGGGCAGCGAACCGACGGGGAGCGUGGGCAGGAGCCGGCGCCUCGGGGCCCUGCGCUGGGAGAUGCGGGUGCGUCUGGGCGCUCUGGCGGGCGCGGCGGCACUGAGCGGGGCGCUCAGCUUCGUGCUGCUGGCGGCGGCCAUCGGCACGGACUUCUGGUACAUCAUCGACACCGAGAGGCUGGAGAGGAGCGGCCCUGGGGCGCAGGAUCGGGGGCCCGCCAACCGCAGCCAGCCAGAGUCUCUGAGCUCCCACUCGGGACUGUGGCGGACUUGCCGGGUCCAGAGCUCCUGCACGCCGCUGAUGAACCCCUUCUGGCAGGGGAAUGUGACGGUCAGCGACUCCAGCCGACAGCUUCUCACUAUGCACGGGACAUUUGUGAUCUUGUUGCCAUUCAGUCUGAUCGUGAUGGUGUUUGGGGGGAUGACUGGGUUCCUGAGCUUCCUUCUCCGAGCCCACCUCCUUCUGCUGCUCACUGGGACCCUCUUUCUCUUUGGAGCCAUGGUGACCCUCAUUGGAAUCAGCAUCUACAUUGCAUACUCAGCGGCCGCCUUCCGAGAGGCAGUAUGUCUCCUGGAGGAGAGAGCCCUGCUGGAUCAGGUGGACAUACGCUUUGGCUGGUCCCUGGCCCUGGGCUGGAUUAGCUUUGUAGCUGAGCUGCUUACUGGGGUGGCCUUUCUGACAGCUGCACGUGUGCUCAGCCUGCGACAGAAGCAGAACCAAGCCAUCUGAGUUUCAUCAGCCCAGGAGACACAGAGCCUUUUGGACCUAUCUCAGUGGAUAGCAACCUUUUCUUGCACUGACUUUAAGGCCAGUGGUGGCCUGUAGUGGUUGAGCUCUCUCUCGAUGCUGUCUUUGUGCUAUCUGGGCUGUCUACUCUGUGGUGAUGUGUGCAUGUGUGUAUGUCUGGUGGACUGGAAGAGGAGAGGGAGUGUGGAACCCAUAUCACCUGAAAUAAAUGCCAAACCUAACCACCUUGGAGCUUUGCAACU